CACUCUGCUCUCUCUCUCUCUCUCUAAUGGGUGCUUAUAUUCACUCCAAUUCUAUCUGCAAUGUCUUAAAAGCAUUUCCAUUUUAUGAAUCACAUUAAAAAUCCAGCUUGGUCUCUGCCUAGAUUCCCAGAAACACUUCACAUAAUCAUGGCCAAUGCAGCUUCUAAGUGCCUCUUCUUGUUCUUCCUGUCUCUUCUCUCUAGCUGUUCAUCAGGAACUCUGGUGGGUUUCUCAUAUCAUGCAAGUGGAAACACUACAACUUCAUCACCUAGUAGAACCAUAUCGUUCUUGAAGCAAAACAAGAUCACCCCAUCUCAGAUUCAAGUCUUCGUUGAAGAUCCUAGGAUUUUAAGUACUCUGCCCAACACUGAUGUUACUGUUGAUCUAUACUUGAAUGAAAAUAUGAUGAGUUCCAAAUAUUCCUCAAUCUCAUGGCUGAAAACCCGUGUAAUUCCCUUUCUCUCACAAGGAAACAUCAAAAGCAGCAUAGUAAUUAGUGGCAGUGACUAUGCAAGAAAAUCUAGUCUACCUAUGCUUUUAUCCACCCUGAAAUACAUGCACUCAGCAGUCCUUGCCAGUCUUCCUUCUGACAGAAGAAUUAAGGUCUCAGUAGCAUUUUCUUUGACAUCUCUUGAGAAUUUGAGAAGAGGACAUGAAAGAUAUCUGCAUAGGAUUUGUACUUAUAUCAAUGAAGUGAGAUCUUCAGUCAUUGUAGAAGCCAAUAUUGAUGGAGAAUUGAGUAUGGGUGAUAGGUUUGUUCAGUCAGUGAUUGAGAGAGCCAGCCUUGCAAAUUCUGUUCUUCCUUGUAAAGAUGUCCCCAUGGUUUUGACAAUCAAAAGUCCAGCAGCUCCCAGUGCAUCUGAAGUAGCCGAAUUCUCUGUUAAGGUUUUGAAAGCUUUAGAAAGCAACACUCAGAUUACAGGUAGGUUAGUUGGGUUAUAUGCAGAAGUAGCUUCCAUGGAUGAUUUUGCACAGAAAGAGCUCAAAAGGGAAGAGGAACAGAUUUUUCCUUCUUCUAGGAGAGAACUCUUAAGCAGUUUCCAUCUGAAAACAACUUCACAUGACACAUUUGACACACCAACAGUCUUCCCUACAACUCCCAUAUCAACACCACCACUGCCUACCACCCCUCCAUAUAACCCUACACCAACCAUUGUCACUGUCCCUGCUACAAACCCGGUAACAGUAACUCCGGUCAAUCCUGCCGCGCCAGUGGAAGUUCCCUCCACCACACCCGUCACCAUACCCCCCACAAAUCCGGUGAGCUCACCAGUUACCAAUCCAGCCACAACCCCCAUCACACCCGUCACCAUACCCCCGACAAAUCCUGUGACAACUUACCCGCCACCAUCUGGAGGCGUUCCAGUCACAACACCUGUCACAAACCCAGUCUCACCUCCUGCAACAACUAAUAAUACUCCUGCAGUUCCAGGACAGAGCUGGUGUGUGGCCAAGAGUGGAGCACAGCAAACAGCACUUCAGGCAGGAUUGGACUAUGCAUGUGGAAUGGGAGGCGCAGACUGUUCACAGAUCCAACAGGGUGGAAGCUGUUACAAUCCAAAUUCUCUUCAAAAUCAUGCCUCAUAUGCAUUCAACAGCUAUUAUCAGAAGAAUCCAGUGUCAACUAGCUGUGACUUUGGAGGGGUUGCCACAAUAGUUAAUGCUAAUCCAAGCACUGGUUCCUGCAUUUACCAAUCAUCAUCAUCAUCCUCAACCCCAACAACUCCAAAUCCAGCAUCAACAACUCCAACACCCACAUCAACAAUUCCACCACCAACAUCAACAACUCCACCAUCAACUUCAACAACUCCACCACCAGCAAUAACAUCAAUUCCACCACCUGGGGAAGGUGUAUCAGGCUCCGGUACUCCACCUUCGGUGUUGAACUCGAGCAACCCGGCUUCAGGAUCCAUGCCAGAGUUUGGGAGUGACAGCCCUCCUGGUUUUAACACAACAACAUCCACUUCAGCUAGUUUGCGACCGUCUGUUGGUUGCGUCUUUUUGGUAACAACCUUAGUUACUAGAAAAAUUGUUCUUACCAUGUAAAAAUAUGACCUCUCCAUGUAAAUUAACGGGUGAUCAGAUUCCUCAGAAGCACAAUUUCUCACGACGAAUCACGGUUGUACAUAACCGCAUAUGCAAGCGAAGAAAGCUAGGGGAAACAUGAUAGUUAGUUACUGUCUUGCAUUAGCUUUGGGAUGUAGAGAUGGUUGUGGGUGAAGUGAAGGUAAGCUUCUCUACAUCUAAACCUGAGCUGGUAGGAAACAACAAUUUUACUCUGAGGUUGAGAGGUGCAAUAGAGAUUUGUGAUCCUGUAUCUCUUUUAGUUGGGUAUUGUAGGUCUGUGUUUGUGCUCAUACUAUUAGAAUUAGAGUUCAUAUU